GGCGUCGAUUCCAGUACACAAAUUUACAUAUCAUAACGACAAGAGAAGCGAAUAUAACGCGGUUACGGAUUGUUGGAGAGCUUUCGAAUGCGUGUGUUCGUUUUCGUCAAAGUGCGGAUUGAGAAAUAUUUCUCUGGAUGAGAAACGGCGGCUAAAAAUCCCCGUAUCUUUGUGGGCAACAUGAUAUGAAAAGGAAGUGACGUCGUAAGGGUGGGCUUCGAAGCAAAGUGUGAGUGAUACUUCAGCGAAGUUGUCUGUUUGCCGUCCUUGAAUAUCGCCGCCGCAAUCCGAUAACGCCGUAUGACAGUGCUGUGUGCCAAGCCGACGUGGUAUUUCGUAAGAUUUUCUCCAUGUUGAUAGCUCUCAGCGAACGAUUUUUGAGGGACGUUCUCGAUGGAUCGCCACCUACGUUCAUCUACGGCAAGUGUGAAUGGCGACGGUCACUGUUAUUACGACAAUGAAUCGAGUUACCAAGAUACAGGCGUCUACGAUUGUGAUGGCAAUAUGUUGCCAGACUUACUGGAUUCUCAAAUAGACAGUUCCCUAAAAGGAUUGGACAUGGGUGCCAUAAAGAAAAACUCUUACGAUCGAACUCGAGCAGCGAUGGCGGUAAGACUAAACUUUAUUUAAGGGUUGUACAAUUGGAAGUGCUUUUAUUUCACAAGACAUUUCGAUUGAUCGAUUGAGUUGUAGUUGAGGGUUUAGUGUUGAUCCAUUAGUAUUACUCAUUCAUCAGUGUUUCAGUUUCCCUGGUAGGAAACAGCUGUAGAGGCAGUAAUAUUGUGGUUUGGCGUUUCUGUUGAAAGUCGAUUUAGGGUUUUAACUUGUUCUGCAUGAACUGAUCAUCUCUCGGGCGCGUGAUGCAACGGAAAUUUAGUUACGCACUUGAAAUCAUAACACAGGAAUGCCGUGUUAUGAGCGUAUUGCUAGAUUCUACAUAGAAAAUCUGUCGGAGCCGAAGAUAGUAUGACGGGACUUUUUCAUUGAGUUGCUACGAGUACGAUGUUAAGAUUCCCUUCGUGAUAAUAGCCUGCGAUGGAAAAUUCUUCUGUUUUCCAUGUCAGCGUAUAAAUGAAGUGUCAUAAAGGCGGAUUUGAUUAAACAAACAUAAAUCCCCAGAUGUCAAUUUUCCAUGUGUCUGAUAUUAUUUUGGAGGCAUUAAAUAGAAGUUCUUUUCCAUUUCUCAAAGAUAACAGCCAUUACCUAAAAACAUAUUGUUAAUGUUCCUAGAAUCUUCUAACUGAAAGUUGAUUUAAUGGAAAAAAACAAGAAUUGCAAAAUCAUAUGUGCUGUUAUUGAGAAUUUAAUCCGGGGAAAGUUUCAAAGAAACCUAAGGUCUAUUGUCUUAUCUCAACAUCAGCUUUGUUGGGGUGUUAGUUUUAAACAACCUGUCAAUAAAUUGUGAAUCCCUUGGAAAUCACCGUGAAGAGCUUAAUAAUUGAAGAUGGUUUGAGAUAGUGACCUCCAGGAGUGCUAGAGAGUGUACAAAAAUAGGACUUUGACUGAUGAAUAACUGGCAGUUUGCCAUACUUCCAGGAAUUUCAAAUUUAAUGACAGUGAAAAGUGAGUCAGAUAUUUUAGUCUUGUUUUAAAUUUUCUUGAGCAACAAGUUGGACUCUGCAGGAAUUAAGUUUGGGAGAUAAGUUUGGAAGAUAUCAGUGUAAGCUCUUGGAUUUAGGGGAUUAAAAUAGCUCAUGACUUCAAAAUUACUGUUUUUUCCUCUUUGUGUCUGCUUAGACAGGGUUUUCAUCAAGAAGAGUAUUAGUCAAAGAGUAGUUUAAAAUGAAAAAGAAUGCUCCAUUUUUCUUGACUAAAAACAGCUCUGGAUAUCAAAACAUACACAGAAAACUCUGCAUAGUCAACAAUUUUCUUAUAUCUUAUGUGUAAUGAAUACUCAGACAUGAUAUAAACCUAAGAGGUUAGAUGGUCAAGAGCUGUGUAUUUAGUAGGACUUUUUGCAUGCCACCCAUGUUUUCAUAUUCUCUCUGGUCUGUAAAGACUUCAUGUGAUACCAUUCAAACAAAUCAUUUAGUCAGCUUCAAGAGAUAGCUGAUUAAAUGGGCAAAUAUUUAAUUCAACUUUAUUUGGAAUUUGAGUUCAAAGUGAAGUGAAAGUACUAUAUUUUGUUUAUUUUUCCUAAUACAACAAUGAAUUUUUUUAAUCAAUCUGUUUGCACAGAUUCAUCACUAAUGGGAAGUUCAUGUACUGUGCUGUUGUUUUCUGAUAGUGUAUUUUCUUGCAAGUAUCUUAAUGACAAUCUAAGAUUGUGGCUAGAAUUUGAUGCCUUCUUUUAAACUUUUAAUGCGAGGUAUUUGUAGCAUGUAUAUCUCUGAACACCUCUUCUAAUUUAAUUUACAUCAGUAACUGAAUGAAAACCGAUAUGCAAUUAGUUGCUUCUGAAAAAAUUAUUUCACAAUCAGUAAGAUCUAAGCUGAUUGUCUGAUCAACUUGAAACUUAAAUCUAGGAAAUACAAACUUAAGGGUGAAACAUCACUCAUAGGGAUUUUAGGACCCAAAAAAAAUUGUAGAUUGUUGAACUCUCACUGGAACACACUGAUUACCUUUAGUUUUUAUGAAUGCUUGUCUUAACCAUUGAACUCUUAUGAGUGACCAAGACUGAAUUUCUCCCUACCAUACUUAUGCAGUGUCAAGCAGACAAGUAAUGAGAAUAAAGUAAAAUAUCAAUUAGGGAUUAUCAGUUGAUCCAGUACCAAGUUCUCCAAAGUAGCAUUGUAAGAAUUGUAUGACAGACAGUAGGGAGAAUUACUAAUAAGAUCUUAGGAGUGAAAGGGCUAAGUGUGAGUGUGUUUUCAUCACUACAUGUGAAGGAUAUGUAUUUAUGAAAUUCUUAAUUUGCUUGAUCUCAACAGGCAAUAAAUCCAAUGCUGGCAAAAAAAGUGUUACCUCUGGUAAGUGGAAAUUUUUCUACUGCUUUUUCUCCUCCUGUUAUUUUUAAGAUAGACCCAAAUGCAAUAACAUUGUUAUAGAAAAAAGCAAAUGCAUAAAACUGAAAAGGAAAAAACCAAAUAGAAAUUAGCAUAUUGAAAUACCCUCUAGCUAGAGUACAUGCCUGGCAGCCAAACAAUUCUCACAUAAUUUCCACUAAAAAAUAAUUUCAAACUUCUUGAGAGUCUUAAAUGUUGGGUUAGAAUUUUCAAGAAGUUCCAAAAAUAGAGAAAGAUGUUUUUCAUCUUGUCACGAGUGUGGGACAAAGAAAAAAAAUUCUGAGUCCCCAUGAGGAAUCAAACCUCAGACCUUUAGAUUCUGGUCUGAGGUUCAAUUCCUUAUGGGGACUCAGAAUUUUUUUCUUUGUCCCAAGCUCGUGAAAAGACCAAAAACAUCUUUCUCUAUUUCUUUUCCAAGCCCAAAACUUACCAUCUCUCUUAUUCUAUGUACAAGUUCCAAAAAAAUAAAAAGAAAAUUCAUGCUAGUGCCGUAUGUUAUAUACUAACAAACUCACAUUUGGCUUUUUCUUAUUUUUCUAUUUUGAUUUUUUAUGACAUCUUUACUGCAAUUUGGUGUAGAUUUGUAGUGACUUGAACUACUGCGCUGGGCAUUGCCUUUUUACUUCUGAACAAGCUUUAAGAAAAAUACAUUUAUGUUUUUAGCUGAAUUGUAACUACCACAUCUCCUUGAUCAUUUUUUUGUAACUUUUAGAGGAAUCAUCCUUUGAGAAAAGUUAAUUUGUUAUUUUUUGUGGUGGCUUAAAUUAAAAGUGGUUUUGAGAAAUUCUUAUUGAUGAUGUAAAAAUCAAUUUAAGUUGUGGUUGAUGACUUUUGGGUUUGUUAUUGUAUGACUACUAGAAGUCAUAGCUCUGCAGACAAAUCCUUACAAUGCAGACAAAAUGUCUGGAGGUGCCAGGACUAUGUCAACACAUCCAGUUUUCCUUAGAAUAUUUAUGUUUUGAAGCUGAGAGACAUGUUUGAAAAAUGAGCAGCAGUGGGUACAUCUAAUUAUAGGAAAAAUCUUUAUCAUCUUCUUGGAUGUAUUCUCAAAUUAAGCAAAUGUUUCAAAAAGUACUGCAAAGAAACAUACAAAGCUUGUUCUGUUAGCUGGGUCUUGUGUUGACAGGGUGUCGUGGCAGUUCCGCAAAAUCAGUUGAUGGAAGUUUCUAGGUGUGUUAAGUCAUAGAAUGUAAUUGUGGGACAUGAAACAUCAAUUGAAAAAAGGAUUGGAAGAGAUCACACUAAGUAGUCAAUUUUUUUUAAGCCCAAAGAAGUACACAUCCUAUACUCAUGGUUUAUUUUUGAUAAAUUUUAUUUGUUUGGGAAGGUUAGAACUUUCCUAAUACAAGUCACAGUUCAUAUUAAGAGUCAGAGCUCCAAAAGAUAAAUUCCCCAAUUUUAAAUCAUAAAUUUUGUCUUUUGAUAUUCACUGUUAUUUAUUUCUUUUUAAUCUCAGCCAAAUGAAGUGACAGUAGAGGAAGCCGCAGCAAUUAGUAUUCAAGCUUAUUUUAGAGGAUAUUUAGCCCGAAAGCUUUUUGUUCAGCUGCUCUAUGAAAGAUUCAUCAAGGUUGGUUAAAAACACAAAUAUGUCAAAAGUACAGUUCUGCCUGGCUUUACAAUUAUAUCAAUGUUGUCAAGUGAUCUGCCAUUUGUUUUGCAAAGUUCUUUGAGGCACCCUUUUAAUCCUUGAAGCUCCCAGAAGUAACUGACCAAUACAGAAAUUAUUCACACAUUAUCAAUACAAGAUCAAGGAGACAAGAAAUGAAAAUAAAGAAAAACAUCAACCAGGGGAUUAAUAAUUGAUUCAAUACCAAAUUCUUAAAACUAACAUCAUGAGAAUUGUACGGCAGAUGUUAAGGAGAAUUACCAGUUAGAUCUUGGGAGUGAAAGGAUUAAUUUCAAAAAUUACUUAUCUGAAAUAGUUAAGUUUAUAAUUCAGUGCUUUUUUUUUGCUUGAAAUGCAUGGUAAAUUCAGUAUUUAGCUAAUAGUUAAGUGGCCGUCAUGUGUACCAUGAGUGAUUAUUAUUCAAAUUAUAUGCAUCCUACUAAUGUUCAUGUGAUGUGUUUAUACAUGUACUUUAAAGAGAUAAAGAUUGCUUUUGAAAAUUGAAGGAAAAUGAUAAGAUUUCAAGCUUGCACAGAAUCUUGCUCUUGGUUAUUUUCAAAUAUUUUUUAAUAGGCAAUAAUGAAGCCUCCUACUCCUUAAGACAGGGAUGUUGUUUAAAUUUUAGCUCUAUCUGUUGAAUAAACAAAUGAGGAUUGUACAUUAUUAUGCCAUAUAGCCAUUGCUUAUUCACUUUAACUUGCAAAUUUUAUUCAACAGUUUUAUACAAAUUAUAUUCAGUCUGGGGAUUGUGAAAACUUUAACUGAAAUAUCACAGAUAAUCAAAGAAAACAAUUACUCAGUGGUAAUUUCUGACUGAUAAGCCGUCUAACUAGAAUUGAUUCAGACAUCUCCUGAGUGUUUGUUCAGGUUGGAAUAUCCUUUAGUUUAUUUUGUUCAGUUUUCUCAUAAAGACUGUGGCAGCUAAUUUAAAUUGGAAUUGAAUUUUGUUUUGCUGUAUUUGAUGGAUGUUGUUCUUUGUGAUAACUGUAGGAGGAAGAAGAAAGAGAAGCAAAAAUGCGAGAGCAAGUGGAAGAAGGAGAAAUUCUGGUGGAAAAGUAAGUAGAAUGGAUGAUUUCACAUCUCUUUUCAAUGGUCAAUGGUUCCAUUGUACAAAUUUAUCUUUAAACACAAGGCCAUGGAUGGAUAUGUCUGCAGGGUUAUUCAAAUGUAUAUUAUCACAUUUUGAUUCAGAUGUUCUUUAAAUGACCAAAAAUAGAUUUUUUGUUAAGUUGCUACCUUCGUUAUGAUACAGAAUUUUUAAGGAAGGAGAUAUAUUUUAUAUCUGCAAUUUUUCUCCUGUGGUAUUUAAUUGGAAGGAAGACUAUAAUGAUAUUAUGACUCACAGUGCAUAUGCCGUAGACACAAUGAAACUGAUUGAAUUUAUGAUUUUAAGGCUAUCCAUUAGAGAGCAUAUUUUUCAUGUGUGUUCUUAUCCAUGUUUUGUAGGAAAUGUUGUUAAGUUGCUAAUAAGAUUAACAUUGCAGAGUUUUUUCUAACUAUAUAUGGUAGAUCUUUCAAAUUUGCUGCGUCAUAAUUUCAAAUCUGCAUAAUCCCACUGGUAGCAAAGCUGGAUUCCAAUUUGUUUACAAUUUAUGUGACUAAAAAAGUCCAUGAAUUCAGAUUUUAUAGCUCAAUACUAAUGUUAGUGCAUUAAAAUGUGUACUGUAUUUUUCAAGUUAAAACUUUGAAUUUUGGUUCACUCCAAACCUAAUUUGAGUCCUUUUUUUUGUCUUCAUUUUUAGUAUGAGAAGGAUUUUUUCCAUAAGCUUUUUGAUAUUUUGUAUUAAAAUCUCCUUUUAUUGGCAGAAUAUCAUUGAGGAAGAUGUAUAGAAUUUUUGAUAUUGUACAAGAUAAGAAUAACAUGCCCUUAUUUGGAAAUAACUUUCUAGAUUUCUUUAAGCUGGCUGUCCUUCAAAAAACGUGAUUUUACGAGUUGCUUCAAGACAGCAAUUUGAAAGUCAUGUUUUGUGUAGGACCUGACUCUGCACUGAGUUGUAAAUUGUUGAAAAUAUAAAGGGAAUAUUACAUCACAUCCAAAAAUAGUACAGUGAAAAUUUUUUGGACCGUUUUGUCUGGGGCUUUUAUGGUAAAAAAAUAAUUGAAAAUUUUCCCAUUUCAAAAUCAUACAGUGUCAAUUUUAUUAUUAACAUUUUGAUGUAUCAAACUUGAAAUUAUAAUGCAUGUAAGGGUUAUAGAAUAAAACAAAACACAGAGGGUAAUUUUUUUUUAAUCAACCACAAAAUGCCAAAAAUAACAUGGGCUGAGUUUAUGGUGAUAGAUUGAAAGCAAGAUUUUAUUUGUAAUACUGGUAUGUGGUGUUUCUCACUUUGUCAUGUCCAGACAUGUGAAUAUAUUUAAUUUUAAGUCACUGUUCUCAUUAAUGAAUUUUUCUGUACAGAAACAGUCAAAUUUCUUCAUAAUGUUUUUUACUUUUGUUUUAACAGCUAUCGCUUGAACCUUGAAAUGGAAGAGAAUACCUGUUUGCGCAAAAACCUCCGGCGAGGAAUUGAAUGUGAUGUUAUAACGUGAGUUUCAUUCUUUUAAGUUUUUAUCACCUAAAUCUGAGGUCCUAAGUUAUAAUAAAUUUUUCCUUGUAUGAAUAGUAAAUAUAAUUAUUUCAAAUUGUUAUGCGCAUACUGAAAUUCAAUUUUCCCAGAGAAACAUUUUUUCAGCUCAAAAUAGCUUUUGUUCUCUUCCUUUAAAGUCUUGGAUUUGGGUUGUUAAAGGGGCAGUGACUUUUGAAUUUUGAAUAUACGAAGUAAACUAGUGUUAAGGGCUCGUGCAUAAUUUUUCCAAUCAAACUUACAGUGACAUGUAAUGACUCUGUACGAUGCAAUUGUCUUAACUGUUAAUGCUUUCUUGUUAUCAGUUCUUUUAAUAUCACGAUUUUCUAUAAAUGGGGCCUCCCCCCCAAAGAAUUGCUUCCCCUAAAUAAGUGCCUUAUUUUAGUGGCCAGGGGAAAAUUUAACAAAUGCAGCUGCACUUAAAGGGGUAAAUGCAACUGUUAUAGUUAUUAACCUUUUACACCUUAAAUUAGUAUGCAUUUUCUUCAUAAUGUUCUCUAUGUAUUUCUUAACAUGUUGACAAGGAGGAUUUGUUUAACAAUCAAGGGCUUCCCGUUCAUGAUCAUCUCCUUUUUUCUUUUGACCAUAAUGUUUGAUUCAAGGGUGAUGCUUGUAGGGGAAAUCAGAUGCUAUAGUCUCCCUUAGGGGUCAAAGAGUUAAGAAAAAACUAUCAGGAAACUAUCGAUGUUUACAGUGAGGUUAGGAAAAAUUAGAGGGUGCCUCAUUCUUAUUUCUACUCAUUUUAAUUUGUUGAAGCAUCCAAAGAGCCUGGAGACAACAUAAGAAACAAUCUCAAGAUCAGAUCAUUGUCGGACAAGGGACCACAAACUCACACGACAUGCCAGGUUUUGAUGCGGCAUCACAACCGUUUUUUUCCACUCCAGACAUGGGAAGUUUACAUAUAAGGACAAAUCCAUUUAUGAAGAGUGCAGACAAUGCUUCUUUUUGUGAUGACGAUAAUCUUUCGGAUGUUUUCAAUGACAGCCUUGAACAGGUAGAAGAGGAAAAUUUAAGAAAUACUCAAGAACAUGGACCUCAUAGACAUGUUUUAUAUGAUGGCAAUCAUGUCUUGGAAAGAGACACAUUUAAUGAUGAACUACCUGGAAUGGAUUCUGUCAGCUCGCCAGCUGAGUUGCCAUCACCAACAACUGACUGGGAAUCAAUAGAAUCAUGUCUCACUUCAGAGGGUGAAACACAGGACUUCGAAAGCAGUGAGCUUCCAGACACAUCCAAUGGAAGGCUAAAACACUUUUCCUUGAAACCAAAUGAUUUGCAAAUAUGCUUUGUUGACGAUACGCUCCUAAGUGACGUUGAAGGGGAUGAAGAUGGCUGUGUCAUAAAAGAGUAUAUUAUUGAAAAACAGGAUGUUUCAGAUGAAGAAAAACGAGAUUCAGGUUGCGUGGCAGGUGAUGAUGAGGCAUCGGAGUCCUUUAGUAUUAAAACGGUUAGACCAGAAACACUGGAAAGACAUGAAAUAUCUCAGGAGGAAUCUGAGAAAGUGUUGAUAGAACUGAGAAAGCAGGACAGUGAAAAUGAAAAACAGGAAAAUUAUACAAAUGUAAUGCUUGGAUGGACUGAAGAGAGGUUACAAGAACUAAAUUUGGAAGAACUGCAAGCACUCCAGAAAAAUAUGAGUCAACUGAUUGAAGGUAAAGUGUUGUGGAAAAUUCUAGGACUCAAGUGUUGUCAAUGCAUGAAUUGAAAAUAUUUGAUAUUGAGCUUAAUCACAGAUGUUGAGUGAUGCAGACUGGAACUGGAAUUACAGAUUUCUUAACUCUUUACACCCUUACAUCAGUAUUUAUCUUCUCCAUACUUUUCUAUAUACAUUCCCUUUGGUACUGACAAGGAGAAUCCAUUUAACACUUUUACUCCCGAGAUCUAAUUAGUAAUUCUCCUUACUGUCUGCCAUACAAUUCUUAUGACGUUAGCUCAGAGAAUUUUGGUAUUGGAUCAGCUAAUAAUCCCAUAAUUGAUAUUCUUCUCUAUUCUCAUCACCUACCUGCUUGAUAUUGUAUUGAUAUUGUAAGGAGAAAUUUUGUCUUGGUCACUUAUGGGAGUGAAAGGGUUAACAAUCAACUCUUCUUAGAUUGGUGAUCCUUUUCUUUGUUCUCAUGAUCUUAAUGACUGAUUCAGUGGCAUUACUGUAAGGAGAAAUUAGAUGCUGGUCACUUGUUGGGUUUAAAAGGUUAUGUUGAGGUUUCUUUUUUUUAUUUGUAUGCUACAAGUCUUCAGUCACAAACAUUUAAUUUUCUUUGCUAAAACAAGGGUUUUCUAUUUGAUUGGUUGAUUCACAGUUCAUGUCUCAAAUAAAAUUAUGAGUGUCUUCUUUAGUUUUUGAAAAAACUGUGGUGCACUUUUGUUUUAAUUAUUUUGAUGUUUGCUUCAUAGCUCAAAAUGAAGUGCUGGUAACUGAGUUAAUGAACAGAGAUGCUCUUCAUCUUAGACAAGAUUCUCUUCUCAUGGAUGUUGAGGAUGCUUCAAAGUAAGUCAUUGGUUAUUUGUGUUUGCUUGAGAACAACAAAUAAUUUUCAUAUUAAUUGAAGAUUUGAGUCUUCUUAGAAAUGGCCUAUUCCAGGUGCAAACUUGCAGAAAAGUCCUGGCCAUCUAGGUUUCUUCACACAGUUCUAACAUUCCUUAGACAAACUUGAAGCACUGUUCUUUUAAAUCAACUUAACAUUCCAAGUUCAAGGUGUCAAGAAAAAGUUUAUUCACACAAACUAUCAAGAGAAACAGUUAAUUAAAUUCAGUUCUUUUCACUUUCUUAAAACCCUAUUCUGUUUUGUUUUGUUUUGCCAUUGUUUUUUGGCUUUUUAUUGACAUGUGUAAUCCUCUUUUCAGUUCAAAGUGAUGAAUCUAUCUUGUUGACGCUUCUUCAAGGCACAACUUAACAUCUUAAUCUAACAUAAAAAUUUAAAAAAUUAGACAAAUUUCAGUUUCUUAUGAGAUCAGUACCAAAUGUUAAUGAAUCUAUUUUAUCCUUGUUUACUUGGGGAUAUACAUUGUAACAUGUGCUUCACAAAUCUUAUCAUCUUACCUAUUAAAACAUAAACAACAAAUAGUAAUUUCUUAGUGCAACUUGUUGUUUUUCCAUUGCAUUACAAUGUAAUCAAGUGAUGGGCAACCUUUUCUAAUUAAUUUGUGUGUGAGAAUGUUAUCAUUAGACCCUUAACCUCUACAAUUAACAGAGGAUAAUUGUGUUGUUUGGCUAACUCUUAACUUUGAAAGUAAGAACUUCAUAGAUUAUUUAUUAAAACUGAUUAUUAAAAAUUAUUUAUGAUUAACUUGUACUCAUCUUGUCUCCAAGAUUUCUGCUAAACAAGAGGCUUAACCCUCCUUUUAAAACUGCUUUUAAACAUUGUAUCUUUUACUUAAAGUAUCUUACAGAUGCCGCAACUUCUUAUUAGGUAAACAUGACUGAACAUUAAGAUGUAAAAUAAUUUGUUUUCUUUAUAGUCAGAUAACUGGGUGACAUUAUUUAUUGUUUCUUUUGUUUUUGUUUGUUUAUGUUAACAUUCUUUGAUUCUUCCUUUUUUUUUAUUUCAAACAUCACUCACACCAGGAAACUGAAACAUCUUUGAACAAAGACUUUCUGAGUCUGGCUUCAUUGGGAUUACACUUCUGUGUUGUUCAGUAGGACAGAUUUCAUUAGCUACAAGAUCUGGCACAUUUUAUUUGUUGUUUUGCUUCACUUUUUUGUUAUUUACUUUUGUUUAUUUUGCACAGAACUGCACAGGCACAAUAUCAGAAGACACAGAAAGGCAGAAAGUGAUAGUUCUUCUCUGCACCCUAUAUUGCUCAUGAACAAUGUUAUUUUUUGUCCUGUUGAUAUUUUUGUGUUACUGAGAGUUGUUAGAGAUACACAAAUUAUUUCAAUUAUCAGUGGAGCAUGAAGUGAUUGUAUUUUAUUUUUAAUAAGUUAGGAAAAGGAAAAAGCUAGUUUAUUUUUAAGGCUGAUAUUCUUCCAAAUGAAAGUGCAAUUGUAAUACUAGUAAGCAAAUUGCUCUCCUAAAAAUCUGAAUAGGAAUCCUAUGAAAACUGAAACAUUUUGACAGUUCUUACCCCAUGUGAUGGGUGUAGCUCAUCUCUUAGGAUUUCCUCAGUGGUUCUGUAUAUCUGCUUGGCUUGGCUUGCCUUGUAAUAAUUAUCUUAGGAAAUUACAAUCAGUUUACACAAGUCACUAAACUGUUAAAUUUAUUAUUAAAAAUGGGUUUGAAAAUAGUUUAUUUUUGUAUCAUGUUUGGUAAUAUAGCUGAAGUUAAGGGUCAAAGAUGUCUGGAAAGAGAGAUGCGUAAAGCUGGUCACACAAUAAAUGCAAUAAUGAUGUAAUUGGUACUGCAAAGUGCUAUUACCUAGACUCCUUAUUGAGCAGACAACAGCAUGAGUCUCAUAAAUACUUCUUGAUACAGGUUUCAUUGUGUUGCAAAUAGCACAUCAACGAAACUAUACUGAUAGAAGUCAAACCAUUAUUUAUUUGCCAGGGUUGAAUAUUUGAACCAUAUCUUUUACAACAAAGAGCUUUCACAGGUUCUCAUGAUCAAACAACCCACUCUGGUUAUUGUCAUUUUGGAUCAAUAUCAGUGUCUUAGCAACUGUGCACCAGCCCCUCCCCUAAUCCACUAAUCCAACAAUAAACCUAACUUCUUAACAGUUGACUGUUGUUAGGUUGGGGGAUGCUUCAGUGUGUACUUGCUCAGAUGCUGACAUUAAUCUACCUUUUUUUUUUUUCUGCCUUCAUGAGUACAAGUAGCUCCAAAGCUUGAGCCUCCCUGUUGAUUGAAUUUUGUUUUCCUUUUUAUCUGAUUAAAAAGAAAAGUCUCCUUUGAAAUUUAUCCCACCUAUUCCAUGGGUUUUUUUUUUUUUUUUUUUUUUUUUGAUUUGUAGUAGCUUCUUACACAGUUGCAUGUUUAUCUCUCUUACCUCCAAACUCAGGCAUGAAUAAUGGUUGGAACUUCUAUUGCAGUCCUAGAAUCUAAGAUUUUUAUAAGACUAGUGCUCAUUAGUCACCUUGUAGUGUAAGUAAUCUCUUAAGUUGUCUUAACCCUAUCACUCCCAAGAACUUGUAAUUCUCCUUACUGUCUGUGAUACAUUUCUUCUAAUAUUAAUUCUGAGAAACUAGUGUUGGAUCAAGAAAAAAAUUCUCAGUUAAUAUUUUUCUUUAUUCUCAUCAUUUGUCCUCUUGAUAUUGUAUUUGUAUUGUGAGGAGAAGUUAUGGCUUGGUCGAUACAGGGAGUGAAAGGGCCCCACAAGCUCUUUCUUAAUGGCACACUGCCAUUAUGUUUUUAUGUUGACACUAGUAAGCCUUGCUGCUUCUGCUUAUGAAUGAACAUUGUAUCAAUGUAACAUGUUAUGAAGGUCAGCAUUUGCAAAUUGGGUCUAAUCAAAAACCCAAUUGAAAUUGUUUAUUUUUGGGAAAGAAAGGAGCUUUAGACAAAAGAUAAUGUUAUUAUUGAUACUUAGUUGUGAAUCAUUGAUUAUUGUUGUGUAUUGCUAUAAGGAAACUUCUAUGAUUGCCUCUUUGUUGCCCUCAGGUUAAAUUAGUUUUUGACUUCUUUGUGUUGUUGUUUUGUUUGUUACUUACUGUUUGUCACUAAGAUGGUAUGACUCAACCUGACUUAAGUCAUUUCUGGAAUGCUUUGUGUUAUAUGUAGCUGUGGAGUUGUGCAAUGUGUAGCAUUAUGAUAAUAGAAAAACUGUCUAUGGCGCCAUUUAUUGAUUGAAAGAAAUAGUAAUAGUUUAGAAACACUGCUGCAGUUUUUAAAGUAGAUUUGUGCACAAUGAAAUAAAUCG